AUGCCCAUUAAUGAGUUUAAUCCUUAUGACAAAGAAAGUUGGUAUUUUGAAAAUCUUUCACGAGCAGAAGCAAAUGAUAUUCUAGCAGAACAUGAAGGUGGAACAUUUCUUGUUCGCGACUCGGCAACGUUGAAAGGCGAUUAUGUUUUAUGUGUUAAAGAAGGUGUCAAAGUUAUGCAUUACAUUAUCAACAAAAUUGAACAAGGUGAUACACUGAAAUAUAAAAUUGGGCAAAAUCAUUUUGAUGAUAUGGCAUCACUUCUGAAACACUAUACACUACAUUAUUUGGACACUGCUCCAUUAUUAAAACCAGUUAUAAGACCAAGUGUAAUUAAUGGAAAAGAACGGCAGAUAGCAUCGGGUCUUGAUUCGAUUGAUAAAAUAAAAAGAACAUCGAGUAAUGAUACGAGUAUUAGCAAUGAUUCUAUGAAGUCAGAUUUUACCGAUAGUUCAAACAGUCACACAGAUGAAAGAGAUGACGCAAAAUCCACAUUAAAACUUCCAGCGAAAGCACGUGUUAUAAAAAAUCGAAUACCAAGUUUAUAUGACAAACAUGCGUUACGUUUAGAAAUCGAUGAUAUUAUUUAUGUAACAAAAGCUGAUAAUAAUGGUCAAUGUGAAGGUCGACUGUUAUCGUCGAAUCGUCAGGGAACGUUUCCAUUUAAUUAUGUGGAGUUCUUCGAUGACGAUGAUAAUAGCAAUAUUAUUAACAAUGACAAUAAUAGAGAGCAAACGGAUCUGAAUGGUAAUAAUAGUUUUGAUGAUACGAACCAAGCUAAACAUUGA